AUGGGGGUUUCCUGGCAUGCAGGAGCGCGGGGUCAGAGUGAAGUGAAAAACCUGGAGCAGUGGCAGAAAAAGCGGUGGGGCUGGGCAGUGGCCUCCCAGCGCCGGAACGCAGCCAGGAGCGGCUCCUUCGGAGGGGGCUCGCAGUCCCAGUACGCCGACAGGGUGGAGGAGCCAUAUACCCAGAGGAAUUUGCCUCUAAAAGUUUCCUGUUUGAGGGAUAUACUCAGGUUUAUCUUAAUUUCUAUUCCUCUGACAGAAUCUGGGAAUCUUCUUUUGCUGGUGGCAAGUCGUAACCAAAUUGUUGUGGAUAACAUCACUUCUCAGUCACACAGUAUUUAUUCUCUGGUUCGAGAUGGGACAAAUAUUGUGGCUAUCGAUUUUGAUUCAAUCACAGAUCGUAUCUUUUGGUCUGAUACAACGCAGGAUAAAAUUUGGAGUGCUUAUCAAAAUGGGACUGACCGAAAAAUAGUGUUCGACAGUGGUGUCACUGUGACUGAAAGUAUAGCAGUGGAUUGGGUGGGGCGUAACCUUUACUGGACAGAUUUUGUUCUGGAAACAAUUGAAGUCUCCAAAAUGGAUGGGAGCCACAGGACUGUGCUGAUUAGUGAAAAUAUAACAAACCCAAGAGGACUAGUGUUAGAUCCUAGAAUUGAUGCUCAUGUAAUGUUCUGGACGGACUGGGGCCAAAACCCUCGAAUUGAAAAAGCCAGCAUGGAUGGCAAAAUGCGCACAGUGAUUAUUAGUAAUAAAAUCUACUGGCCCAAUGGACUUUCCAUUGAUUACCCAAAUAAACUUCUCUAUUUUGCUGAUGCUUACCUUGAUUAUAUCGAUUUCUGUGAUUACAAUGGAAACAACAGACGACAGGUGGUUGCAAGUGAUCUGAUAUUGCAGCAUCCACAUGGUCUAACUGUCUUUGAAGAUUUUGUGUACUGGAGUGACCGCUACACUAAUCGAGAUGAUAUUUCAUUUUUUUCUGAAAAAUGUCAUUUGAGACACUGUUGCUUCAUUAUUUAUUCAUUUAAAAAUUAUGCUCACCUCUGUUAUUACUUCAUUGCAAGCUUUACAGGAGUAAAACCUUGCCUUUUUAGAUAUUGCAGCAUCCACAUGGUCUAA